UUAAUGCUUAGUGAAAAUGACUCAGAGCAAUGGUUUGUUAAUAUUUAUAGAAAGUGUUGAAGCUUAUCCCCAAAUGCCUAUAAAAUGCUGGAUGUAAUUUAGUAGUUGUCACUGACAAGGGAGUUAGCAUAGUGAUUCUCCUCCAGGUCAUAAGAUGAGAGUGAUUCUGCAUUGUGGUGUGAUCGCUGCCCUUCUCCUGUCUGUGGCUUGGGCCACCCCACAGGGCGCUGAUGACCAUGAGGGCCACGACCACGGGCCCCACACAGCAGAUCACCACCACCACCUCCAUCAUGGUGAGGAUGAGUCUCAUCCGCAGCAUGAGGGCCAACAGAUCUACACACUUCGGCAACCCAAUGCUGAGUUUGCCUUCGCUCUCUACAAGAAACUGAGUGCCUUACCUGAGCCCCAGUCAAACAUCUUCUUCUCCCCACUGAGCAUAUCCAUGGCUCUGUCCAUGCUGGCUCUUGGGGUCAAAGGUGAUACCUUCUCCGAGCUCUAUCAGGCUCUAGGCUAUGCUGAACUUACCCCUGAAACUGUCAAUGAGGCCUAUGAGCACAUCUUUCACAUGCUGGGCCAUGAAAAAGAAAACAUGCAGCUUGAUUUAAGCAGUGCUGUUGCACUUCGGUCAGGAGCCAGUGUCGUGGAUAAGUUCCUAGGGGACGCCAAACAUUAUUUUGAGAGCGAACUAUUCACUGUUGACUUCACCAAACGUGACGUGGCCAUUGAGGAGAUCAACAAAUACAUUGCUCAACAAACCAACAAUACAAUCACUGACAUGGUGAAGGAGGUGGAGUCAGACACGCUUAUGAUACUAAUUAACUGCAUUUACUUCAGGGGGGAAUGGCAAAAAAUGUUCAACACGAAACUAACAAAACAAGCAGACUUUCAUGGGGAUGAAAACACAAAGGUGAUGGUUGACAUGAUGCAGACUGAGGGUGAGUUUGAAUUCUAUGAGGACAAAGAGAACUUCACCACUGUGCUCAGGCUUCCGUACAAGGGCAGUGCAUCUAUGAUCAUCGUCCUACCUGACGAGGGGAAGAUGAAGGAGGUUGAGGACAGCAUCAGCACCUCCCACCUCAAACACUGGAUUGGAGCAAUGACAAAAUGGCUCGUCAGGAUUCAUAUGCCAAAAUACUCUGUUUCUGGAAAAUAUUCACUAAAGGACACCUUGAAAGCGAUGGGUGUUGUCACUGCUUUCUCACCUACUGCAGACUUUUCUGGAAUGACAACUGAACAAGCAGUCCUAGGAAAGGUGGAACAUCAAGCAGUCCUCCGUGUCGAUGAGAAAGGCUCAGAGGCAGCCGCAGUCACCACUGUGGAGAUUGUAAUGAGAACUGCAGCUGAACCUCUCUUUAUUGAAAUCAACAGGCCUUUCUUUGUGUUCAUCACAGACAGAAGCACCAAAAGUAUUCUCUUCAUGGGCAAGAUCUCAAACCCAAAUCCAAAAUCAAUCAUCUUCCCCUUUGCUGCCUGCAGCCCCAUGCAUGGCCACUACAAAGUCUGCAAGGGGUGCAUGGGGGCUGUUACAUCCACAGUGGCAACAGACAUGAUUAAGAAGCAGAGAUUACCAGCUGAGCUGCUGUACUUUGACGAGAAGCUCACCAGCAAAGCAGACUUCCACGUGGAUGAGAACACCAAAGUGACAGUGGACAUGAUGCAGAGGUCUGGCCGCUAUGACCUCUACGAGGACCAGGACAACUUCAGCACUGUGCUAAUGCUGCCCUACAAGGGAAACGCCGUAAUGAUGAUCGUGCUGCCAGAUGAGGGGAAGAUGAAGGAGGUUGAGGCUUUGAUCUGCAAAGAUCACCUCAUACAUUGGCACGAAAACCUCUUCAGAAGCUAUGUUGACAUCUUCCUGCCAAAAUUCUCCAUCUCCACUGACGUCCCCCUCAAAAACAUUUUGACAGAAAUGGGGAUAGUCAGUGCAUUCACGGACGCUGCAGACUUCCCUGGCAUUUCAGAGGAGACCAAGGUCAAAGUGUCAAAGGUGACUCACAAAGCAGUCUUGAGUGUUGAUGAGAAGGGCACUGAAGCCGCUGCGGUCACCACCAUCGAGAUCAUGCCCAUGUCCCUCCCCUAUGUCAUCAACCUCAACAGGCCUUUUCUGGUUUUGAUCCUGGAGGACAGCACCAAGAGCAUCCUCUUCAUGGGCAAGAUCACAAACCCAACAGUCUAAACUGAGCUGUGUCAAAAAAGAGGCCUGUAAGAAGACUUGUGUGUCUAUGUAAGCGUGCGCGCGUGUUUCUGUGUGUUUUUCUUAAACGUGGGAAUGUUACUAUUCAUAAAGUUACGGAUAUACAGUAUUUCUGUUCUUGGUGAUAAUGUCAUCUUGACCUAUGUCUUCAAAUAAAAAAACGUACAAUACAUGUUUACAAAA